CAGGAGUGUAAAGUGUCUUCCAGCUCCUCAUCAGUCCAGAAGAAUUUCUCUCGUCCGGCCUGUCCAGCCAACCGCCGCCCUCCGUCACGCUGGGCUAGUUGCUCCACCUCUUCCUCCUCCUCCUCUUCCUCCACCCCUAUCAACCAGCCUUCAUCCGGCUCCGCCCACAAACACACCUCAUUCUCCUACUCAGCCUAUCACACGGAGACAGUCAUCAUCUGACCCCCAGCUGACCCUGUGUCUAAACCAAUAAGAUGCCUUUCGUUACUUUACUUUACUCUUUUCUCAAUUCAUCCUUCGUUGAUUCCUUCACAUCGAAGGCCCGAGUCCGGGUGGGGUGGGGGUGACCUUAGACCUUCUCCUCCAAUAUGGCUGUGAAGAAGGUGACGAUGAACUGAGAUAGAACCUGGCUCUUCCUCCAUCACCUCUGUACCAACAACCAAGACUGUUAUUACUACGACCAACCAGACGAUCAGGAGCUUUAGCUUGUGGACCAAUGGAGAGUUAGUUCACCGAUCAUCUUUAGAAUGUAAUCUCAUCGACCAUGUGGGAGGAGACGUUUCAGCUGUUCUACUAGAGGAACUCCAGGAUCCCCAAUGCUGACUGGUACCUCUGUGGCUUAGGCUGCCUCCCCAAUGCUGACUGGUACCUCUGUGGCUUAGGCUGCCUCCCCAAUGCUGACUGGUACCUCUGUGGCUUAGGCUGCAUCCCCAAUGCUGACUGGUACCUCUGUGGCUUAGGUUGCAUCCCCAAUGCUGACUGUACCUCUGUGGCUUAGGCUGCCUCCCCAAUGCUGACUGUACCUCUGUGGCUUAGGCUGCAUCCCCAAUGCUGACUGUACCUCUGUGGCUUAGGCUGCCUCCCCAAUGCUGACUGGUACCUCUGUGGCUUAGGCUGCAUCCCCAAUGCUGACUGGUACCUCUGUGGCUUAGGCUUGCAUCCCCAAUGCUGACUGGUACCUCUGUGGCUUAGGCUGCCUCCCCAAUGCUGACUGGUACCUCUGUGGCUUAGGCUUGCCUCCCCAAUGCUGACUGGUACCUCUGUGGCUUAGGCUGCCUCCCCAAUGCUGACUGGUACCUCUGUGGCUUAGGCUUGCCUCCUAAAUGGCACCCUAUUCCCUAUAUAGUGCGCACUACUUUAGACCAGAGCCCCCAUAGUGCCAUAGGGUGCUUUCGGGUCAAAAGUAGUGCACUAAAUAGGGAAUAGAGUGCCAUUUAGGAGGCAAAAUAUAUUCAACGCCAUUCACUUUACGUACUCUUUUAACUUUACGUGUUGCAUAAUAAUUACAGUAUUACAGAAAUAAAUGUUUGUUAUUUUUUACUUUAUAAUAUCAGAUGGAUUACAUUAAAACAGUCCUGUUUCUUCAUGUUUACCAAAAGGUGUCUACAACUUCUCUUAAAGAAAAAAAAGGACUGACGUGAUGCUUUUUAUUUUGAUUGGACAUCGCUGGCUGUUGUCGGGCAAGAUAGCUGACUAGCUCCUUGUGUGUUUGUUGGGGGGGGAGGGGCCAUGCUUAAAGGGGUAAUCUGCAGUUCAAACAAAAACACUUUACUAAUAGCAGAAUGACCCUUUUUUUUUAAGUUUUUGUUUUGUUUUAACAUGAUGAAAUGGACAGCGAGCCCUUUUCUACUGGUGGUCACUGUAACCGAUGGUUACCCACCCGGUCCCUAUUGAGUACAUUUACAUUUUACAUUUAAGUCAUUUAGCAGACGCUCUUAUCCAGAGCGACUUACAAAUUGGAAAGUUCAUACAUAUUUAUCCUGGUCCCCCCGUGGGAAUUGAACCCUGGUCCCCCCGUGGGAAUUGAACCCUGGUCCCCCCGUGGGAAUUGAACCCACAACCCUGGCGUUGCAAGCGCCAUGCUCUACCAACUGAGCCACACGGGACCACGAGUAAUACUACAGUCUGUUGAAUCAACGAGGUGGUGACCUCAUCACACAUGACUAUAUCAUGAACGUGAUGCCUUUGCUGUUCUUAAUUUGUGUAAUAAAUGUAGCUACAUAUU